CUUAUAUUGUGAUCUCACAGCAGUAUACUGUACAGUAUUUUAGUCUAGAAUUUAGUGAAACACGCAGCAGUAGCGUCAUCCUACCAGUGAGUAGCGCUGUGACAAACACACUCCUCUCGCUCGCUAUCUCUGACACUCACAUCCGCAGCAAACAUGGCAGACGAGUUGGAUGUUGUUGAUAUCGAGGGAGAUGAAUGUGAUGAAAGAGUCGGGUAGGAGAUCGUUCACUCAUUCCCCGCUGUUUGAGGAAUGUUAUGGACUUGUGCUUUGAUACAUCUGAAUUCAUGGAUGAGCAGAAAUGUGACCGGAGCGAUGGAAAAACGACUGACAGGAUUAAUAUGAACUUCUCUAGUUAUAUGAACGCAGUUACACUAUUUUAACAUCAACUAGGAAACGAGUUUAAUGCAACUGGAGCUUCACGACCUGAGCAGCGCUGAGAUUCUCCAGGAUCAGUACUUACAGUCUGCUUGGAAGACUAACAGCAGUAUACUGCCGUGGACGCUGGACAGCUCCAUCAGCGAUGAGAACAGACAGGCCAUUGAGAGCAUGCUGCUGGAGGAACAGUAUUAUUUUGCCAGUAAGAAAGCACCAAAGGUGGCAUGGACCAAUGAGAAGACUAAAGUCAAAAAGUGAGCUUCCUUCUUUUAUCCAUUUAUGUUCAUGAAUAUGUAAACGCCUACACAACCGGUCAACAGUUUGAGGUGUGUAAGAGUUUUUAAAUACUAAUAAUCCAGAAAGAACACACAAAAAUGACAGUAAAGACAUUGUUACAAAAGCUU